ACUCUCUCUUUAAUUUUUGUUUGCUGGUUGCAAAGAGGUGAAAGUUUUCCAACUCCAAUUCACCCCCCUCUUAGAGUGCAUUAAGCCAACAAUUGGUAUCAGAGCAAGGACUCUAAUUUGAAGGUUUAACUACCUAAGAGUUGAUUGAGGAUGGCUCAAUUUCAAGCUUCUCAACCACUUGAAGACUUGGAGAUCAAGAUCAACAACAAAGCAAUCAACAUGCUUCAAUGUGCUCUCAAUCUAAUGGAAUUCAAUAAAGUAUUUGAGUGUGAUACAGCUAAGGAGAUAUGGCACAUGUUAGAGGAAGUUAAGAAGACCACAAUUGAAGAGGCUAAGAAUCUCAACACUCUCAAGCUUGAUGAUCUCAUUGGAAACUUGGAGACAUAUGAGAUUGAUAUUAAAGUUGAUGAUGAAGUUGAAGUAGUUGAGAAGAAGAAAAAUAUUGCAUUCAAGGCUAGCAAUCAAACGGAAGAAAGUGAAGAUGAUGCUUGUGAUGGUGAAGACAUCUCCACCUUGAUCUUUAAAGAAGUGGGGCAUUAUAGAAAUGAAUGCCCUCAAUUGAAGAAGGGUGAGAAGAAAGACAAGAACAGCAUGAAAAAGAAAACUUUUGCCAUCACUUGGAGUGAUGAUGAGACUAGCUCAACGGAAAGUGAAAGCUCCUUGGAGAAUGGUGUUGCAAAUCUUUGCUUCAUGGCUCAAGAAGAUAGCUACAGUGAUGAGGAGGUAAACUCUAACUUCUCUAAUUCAAUUAAUGAGAGUUCCUUUGAGUAUUUUUAUGAUGAUUUCUGCAAAGUUCUUGAUUGCUUUGUGAAUGAUAUCAAGAAACUAGGGAAUGAGAAUCUUGCUUUUACUAAAACCAUUUCAUUGCUUAAAAAUGAGAUUGAAUCUCUUUCAAAACAAAAUAAGAUUUUAGUUAAAGAAAAUGCCUCCUUAAUUGUUGAGAUUGCAUCUUUAAAGAAUGAGGAAUCUAGUAAUGCUUUGAGAAAGGAAAAUGAGAACUUGAAAAAGAAGGUGUGCCUUGUGAGCAAAAUGAAGAACAAAUGGUAUCUAGAUAGUGGAUGCUCAAGGCACAUGAUGGGUGAUCCUUCACAAUUCUCAUCACUUAUACCCUUGGAUGGUGGAACCGUGACCUUUGGUGACAAUGGGAAAGGAAUUGUGAAAGGAAUUGGUAAAAUUGGUGACAAAUCUAUUUCUUUUGAUGAUAAUAUGUGGAUGGAUUGAAACACAACUUGCUUAGUAUUAGUCAAUUAUGUGAUCAUAUGCUUAGUGUUGUGUUUUCUAAAUCUCAUUGCAAGAUUAUUGAUUUUAGAAAUGAUAAAGUGUUGUUUGUAGGCAAAAAGCUUAAAAUUGUAUAUGUGAUUGAUUUGCAUGACAUAGAUUCCAAUAUUUGUCUUGCUUCUAUAUCUCAUGAUGAUACUUGGUUGUGGCAUAAAAGAUUAGGACAUGA